AGCAGAGGGGAAUGGUUGUAUGUAAGAAGGACGUAGGCGAUAAUUCAACGUGGGAUUUUGGUAUUGGUGACCAACCCAGCCAUUUCUUUCUAGGACUCUUGGUGGCUAACUAUCAUUUAACUACGUGUUCCCAUAGUUCUUAUUUUAUUUAUUUUGUUUUAAUUUUCUUCUAAUUAAAUUCAUUUUCUUAACAUUUCUUGAGCUCUCCGUCGACUAUAUUAUAAUAGACUAUAAUAUAUAGUUUAUUAUAAUAGACUCAUAAUUUAACAGCUUCAACAAGGUAGUAAUUGGAAGUAGCAGAUUAAUUAUUUAAGCCAUGUGUUGCUGCUGCUGUGAUGAGGAUUGUAAAUUCAGGCCUCUUGGGUUUCUCUUGGGCCUGCCUUUUGCUUUCUUGUCUCUCAUCAUCUCUCUUAUAGGUGUUAUUGUUUGGAUCGUGGGGUUGAUUUUGACAUGCAUAUGUCCAUGUUGCCUUUGUGUGACCCUCAUAGUUGAAUUUGCUUUGGUGCUCAUCAAGGCUCCAAUUGUUGUUAUGGAGUGGUUCAUCUCCAAGAUUCCAUGUUAAUUAGAGAUAUUUGUAUUUGUAAGACUUUGUAUUCACGGUGCUAAUUUUAGUACUAUUCUUUGGUUGAUUACCUUUUAAUUAACUUCAUUCGUGCAUUAGUUUUUAGUCUAUAAAGAAAAUUCAUGCAUUAGUUUAAAUGUUUAAUAAAGUCCAAACGAAAAUAGCAGGUGUAUGGAACUACUCUAUGUGUCCUAUAGUAAUAAUUCAGUUCUUACUUCUUUCUUGUUUUA